AUGCGUCGAUUGAUCUUUAUUCUUGUUACUGUAGCUAUCAGUGAAUGCCGAGAGUUCGACUCAUAUGAGAGUGAAAGCAGAUGGUCUGAACCGAGAUUACGAAUAUCAACACUCGAUGUAGGUGAAUAUUGUGCGACCUACCACGAGAACUACUCCUAUUACUGUAGGGGUAUUUGGACCGCGGAGAAAUUGCACAAGCAUCGGCGGAUAAUGGACAAAAUUGGAAAGUUCUGUCCGAGUUACAAAACGGCGUGUAUCACGAGAACGAGAAACGACCCCGAAGAGGAUAGAGAACGAAAGGAAGAACACAAGAAAGAAUUGACGGAUGAUGUUGGAGAUAUGCUUUUUGACGAUCUGAUGAGAAAGCUCGAAAAGAUAGUUCCAUGUCGUCCAAACUGUGAUGUAUCUGUUCAUCCGCAUUGUACUCGUCGGUGUAAGUGUGAAUACGAGUACAAACGAAUGCAGAAAUGGUGUAAGCCGUCGAGAAUUGAGGAGAGAUUCAAAUACUUUUGCAGAAUAUGGUAUAUGUCCUGCUCUACAUAUAUCGAAGAAAUCGAUCCUGACAUGGCGGAGCAGUUUGUUUCUCAAUAUCAACACAACGGGAACUACUACGGUUAA